AAUGUAGUCGCCCCCUUUAGAAAAACAAGACAGCAAAAUCCGAACACGUACACGUCAACAAUCAAAAUGGACGACAGAGGAAGACGGUCGCGCAAUGGGCGGGGCGGGGCCGCCGGCACAGAAGAUAUGCUGGAGGCGGAGAACAACAGACUGCAGGAAGGCCUGUCGGCGAAAGUCUCCACACUCAAAUCGCUCGCUAUGGACAUUGAAGGGGAGACGAGGGAUCAGAACAGAUAUCUAGAUAACAUGGAUGGAGAUUUUGACAGCUCGGAAGGACUUCUCGGCGGGACCAUCAAGCGUUUUGAUUCCAUGCUCGGCUCGGGCAGGAACAACCGGCGCCUCAUGUGCUACCUGAUUGCCAUCAUUGUGGGAAUAUUCAUACUGGCCUACUUCCUCAUGACCAGAGUGACCAGAUAAUUGGUGGAAAAGCACUAUGAAUUAUUCAUGAACUGUUUUCUGAUGAUCUGAUUGGCUCUUCAAGUAGAAGCUGCUGAAUAAUUCAUUGUGUCUCCUGAUGUCUUAGGGUCUCCUGAAACAUUUCAAUUGGGGUCAGGGUGACCAGAUCAUUGGUUGAAACAAUCUAUGAAUUAUUCAUGACUAUUUUGAUUGGCUCAUUAAGUAUCAGCCACUCAAUAAUUCAUGGAUCACCCUCAUAUUGAAUGGUUUGUGCCAUUCUGGUGGUCAGGGUGACCCACUCAUUGGUUGGAUAAAUUCCUGAAUUAUUCAUGACCGUUUUGAUUGGCUCCUCAAGUAUCAGCCACUCAAUAAUUCAUGGAUCACCCUCAUAUUGAAUGGUUUGUGCCAUUCUGGUGGUCAGUGUGACCCACUCAGUAGUUUGAAAAGUUUCUGAAUUAUUUAUUCAUGAGCUGUUUUUAGCACGGCUUGUGAAGUUCAAGCAUUCAUUGUUUCAAUCAUUGUUCAGCAAUUACAUCAGAUUAAUGGUGAAAAAGAGAUACUUGAUGGGAACGUUAUUAAUUUGAUCAGAUUAAGGUGUUCUUGUAUUAGGCCAAAAAAAAAGUCUCCGGUUUCUGGUAUGCGCGCGUGUCGCCGUAGCCAUGCGCGUCGGCAAAAUGAAAAAGUUUUUUUUCCCCA